AGAAAAGAGGUUUCUGAUUCCUGAUCUUCAGGAAAAAGGGCUUCAGCACUCGUGGUCACAAGAUUUCGACUUUCACCUGUACCGAGGCUGUACGACAGAGAAGCAUGGUCCGCGCAGAUACUGAGACCGCGGCUCGCUCUCCGCGAGGAUUUUCAUCGCGGCCCCCGAGCAACACCAGCAAGCCUUGCAGCUGUCCGGGGAUGAAGAAAAAGGAGGAAAAUUCCGAGACCCGCUCGCUGCGCAUGCAGUUGCGCCUGAUCAAGAUGCUCGUCGCCUGAUCAAGAUGCUCUUCUGACAAACGCAAAUCUGUUUUACGGCCGACGUGGUGGUUAGGAUUGCCUGACUGCUGCGUUGAGCCCAGCUUGCGUGACGGCGUUCGCUGCGUAGCCGCCUCUACUAUAGCAGUACGCGUGGUCAAGUCUAGCUCAUGAAAGCACUCGCCGGAGCUCUUACAGCCCCGAGUUCGCCCCACUCCUUACAGCUCCUCACGGCAGCUCAUGUAUUGCGGGAGGGGUACAAGCAUUACUGUUAGCCGCCUCUACUAGUACAGUAAGCGUGGUCGAGCUCUAGUUCAUGAAAAAACCGGCUGCACUCUUAAAGUUCCGGUACGCCAAUCCCCUUGCGUGCGUGCGUGACACCUCUGAUCUGAUCUGAUCAGUGUCGUGUACUUUUCCGGGAUUGGCGCAUUCGCAGUAGUGCAAGACCAAAGGAAGAAAAGCGGGCGGUUGCUGCGGACCGAACGGGGUGUGGAAGAGGAUGUGCUGUACACCGUGGGUAGCGGCGAUGAAGGACCUGCGUCUACUGCUGGAAUUACAUCUGGUGGCAAGAAGAGGGGCGUGGCCUCGGGAAGCAACGGGCUGCUCUUCCAACUUGCGUACGGUAUCUAUGACUGGUUGGCGCCGGCGGAGACUGUUGGUGGCGACAUGAGUGCAGGUAUCGGUCGUUGGUGUUGACGAGGCUGACGUAGCUGGUGUGUCACGUGGUCGUCUCUGAAUGGUCUUGCAGAAAAUUUUGGUGUCAUGCAUCGGUAGUCGCAUUUGCGCCCAAAGGGCGCAAGCCAGAUACCAUACCAAAAUAAAACAGGAGCUCCUGCGCAUGAAGGUCCUCCCGUGACGGACAAGGCUGUUGAUGGCCGGGUCGCCGGCACAUCCUUACCGGCGGAUUUCUUACAAGUCGGUGCGGUGGAGUCCUCGUCGAAGAAGCCAGAUGAUGUGGCACGCGUGCACAUCGGCGAGAUGAAGAAUCUUGCGGACGAGAAAAAAAGUGGCAAGGAGGACGGUUCAUCGUCGUCGACAAACACGGGGAUGAAACUGGAAACCAGUGACGCUGCCACGGUCGCUGGCAGGGACGACGUAAGGCCGGCUGGGAAGACGACGAAGAAGGAUUUGGUCGAGAAGGACAGGGACGCAAUCGUGACGGAAUUAGCGGCGGCCCAAACGAGCACGGACAAACGUGCUCCAUCUACUACCGUCGAAGCUUCUUCGCAUGGGGAAACCGAAAAGAGCGUGGAGAAAGCAUCUAGUACAGCGACGAGUAUUGGCGGGGACGGUAACAUGUCGACGACGUCGAGAGCGCGAACGGGAGCGGCGCCGGAUCGUGAAGCGGGUUCUAUCCUCGGGAAGCCUUGUGACUUGUUGAGUUGAGUCGAAUCGGUAAGUGUACGCUGCAAAGAAUGAAAGUUAUUUCAACUACAGCAUGUUCUUAUGCUUAUCCGAGAUACGACGAGAACCGAAAGUAGACAGACUGUCUAAACCUAGUUCUUAUCUUUCUAGAACGGGCGGUCGGCCCCCGUCCGCCGCCCCGGCGACGAGCCGGCGCGAGGGAAAGGAGAGGAAAAAGAUAGACAAACCAUCACAAAGCACAACCCCCAGCGGAAAUGACCGGAAAGCGCACCAUCAGGGGAUGCCAUCAGAACUUCUUUGCUGGGGCAGUUAAAGAAAAGAAGCGCCGUCAACUUUGCUACGCGUACGCACCUCGCGCAGGCGGCGGACGCUAGCAUAAUGCAGGGCGCUUCUCAACAGCGUCCAUCAGGAUGAAGAUAGUACAGCAUUGCGGCUUUUCCCUGAUAAAGAUAGAUUCUUUUUAACAUUUAUUUGCGCGAACAUGCAUUACGAUGGAUUUUGUGACUCAACUUACUUUCGACAUGCAUAGCGGCCGUGGCGGACCGGGGAGAAAAAUCCCCAAGGGACGUCUCCACAACUUUGCGUUCGUACGACCAAGGCAGCGGUAGUGAGGAUGCACAUACACAACAAAACGGGCUGCGACCUAUCGUUGACAAGCAGUCGGGCAAGUUGGUGGGUGCAACGAGUCGUCAAGCAGGAGACGACACUGCGCAAAGUCGCAGUAAAAUCAAAGUAGCGAACAGCGAGCGGGACGUGCAGGAUGAGAGUACCUUGCAAAUGUUUGGUCCUAAUAAUUUGGGUGCUAAUUCUGCUCUUCUCGGUGGGACUCCUCGUCCUCUUUUCGGUGGGACUCCUGAUCAAUCUACGCGGCAGCGUGCUGCGCAGUUGCUUGCAACCCAAAAAGCCCGAGAAGCCCUGGUGGUCCAGGCUGCCUCGCAACGAGGGGGGCGCACCCCGACGUCCAUUUUGGUCUACCCGGGCGGCGGGGCGCAACGCGUAGAAGAGCGUCUCCGUCCGAAACGUUUCCUGGACGCGGAAGAAAGAGCUCAGAGGCAAAGACUGCAAAGCGCCGGCGCUGAUUCUCUUGAACCGUGGGAAACCUUUUUGACAGAGCUGGCUGCUAAAGCUGAUGAAGCGAAGGGUCGCAAUGACGACUUUGGAAAUUUUCCCCGAGCUCUUGUUUUCCGAUACUACCUGGUUUGGCUGGAGACGCAGAAGACACCGGAAGCAGAGCAUCCGCUUCUCGCAGAAGACGCGCGGAGGGAUCUUCUCGUGCAGGCUGCGGAAAAAAUGACACCUGACGGUGGAGCUGCCAUCGAAACUGCCUUGAAGAGCGUGUUUGCAAUUGGAAACUCUUCUGAGGCCGGAAAGAAGAUUACCGCGGAGGACAAUGCCGCCCUUGAGAAUUUCGUGAGCCAACAAAGCGGUAGAAACUUUGCUGAUUUACACCAUGAUGAUUAUAUGUACGGUGUAGUGCUUCAUUUUAGCUUUUGCUUAUCUUUCUCCGGCAGGAAUACCGGACAUAGAUUUGAGACAGACUUUCAUAGUGACUAUGAAUGUAUCUGUAAAGGUUUAUUUGAUAUGUAGGAAAAAAUCACAUGAUUAAACUUGAAACAGCAGCAGCACGUGCUGCGGCCUCGGUGCAGCCGAGUCUUGCUACCCCAACAGUUGGAGAAGAAACAACCCGAAGUGCAGUGCAGUUGGAAGGAGCACAAGAGCCUACGACAAGUGCUGCUGAUCCCGUCGCCGACACUAAAUCUAAAACGAAUUUUCCGAGACGGAGUUUCGCGGCAAUUGAAGGUAUUCAAAAUUUCCAGUCAGCACUGCAAGCAGCAAACACCAUCGUAAAUGGUACAUGAUCGGUAUGAUGUCGCUCGGCAUGUGUUUGAAUUCCAAACAAGUUGGAGAAAGGAUGAGGAUGUAAAAAAACUCGAUACUAGAUGACCGAGCUGCUGUUUCGAGUUCCAUGGUGGAAGUUGCUUCGAAGACCGUGUCUGGUUUCAACAUCGGAGCAGCAGUUGAUGCCCCUCCUGCGGGACACGCUAAAUACGUUGAUGAGGAUACGGAAGAGGAAGGGGAAAAACGUGCAGCUUCAUCGCAACAAGAUAGUGCUUCCGGGGGAGUGUGGGGCAAUGAAGCCGGCGGCGAUUCGAAAAAGCAGAAAAAUUCCGGCAGUGGACGAGAUACCAACGCGAGUAGCGGUUUGAGUCCGCAGUUGAUGGGCGACGCGUCGACGCCUGCGUAGAACAGCGCCGAUGGUCUGCCAGUUCCGGAUGAAAGAUCGACCUGGAGCACUGAGCUUUUGUUUGCUUCUUUGAAUUGAUGAGAAGUAACAACCUGAUGUAUGUAUCGAAAAUCAGUGUCUUCAGAUCUGAAAAACUGAAACCCAGUGUACAUGGAUAGUCUUUCGCCCAGAUUGACCUGUAUAAUUAAUCAAACCCUAACGAAGAUAGGAGCGGCAAGUUGAAAAGAUUGUAUGAUUGACUUCGGCUGUCGUGCAGGCACUGUAUAAUGAAAACGUGAAUGAGUUGAAGAAGUCUGACGGUUGUAUUCUGUUCUUUAUGUUUCGGUAGGAAUGCGUUUUUGUAUCACAACUUCCCUGUAUCGACAAAUCAAAAUAGCAAGUAGUGUUUUGCCUUGUAUCCCGCAUCAAGAAACUGUAACUAUGACAAAUUUUCCAACCAGCGAAAAAAGCAAGCCUGCCUUCAGCUUCAUCAAGCACAUCCCAGAAAGCGUG